AUGGCGGGGAAGCUGGAGCCUCAGGAAGUGAAGUCGCCGGAAGUCGUGGAGGAUGGUGAACGUCAGACCGAGUCUUCAGAGAAGACCGAAGACUUGCUGGAAAUGGUGAAAAAGUUGCAGAAAGAGGGAAGCCUGGAGCCACAGAUUGAAGACCUGAUUAACCGGAUUCAUGAGCUUCAGCAAGCGAAGGAGAAAUCCAGCGAGGAACUGGGAGAAGCCCAAGCUCUUUGGGAGGCCCUGCGUCGGGACCUGGACUCCUUGAAUGGAGAGAAAGUGCACCUAGAGGAGGUUUUGAGCAGAAAGCAAGAGGCACUGCGGACCCUCCAGCUGUACUGCCAAAGGAAGGCGGAGGAGGCACAGAGGUUGCCCGUGGAAGAACAGCUGGAGGAUUUGAUAGGCCCACACAAGGACCUCUGGGAAUUCCACAUGCUGAAGCGGCGACUGGCCUGGGAGAUCCGUGCCCUGCAGAGCAGCAAGGAGCAGCUGCUCAUCGAAGAGAGGCAGGCGCUGGCCCGGCUGGAGGACGUGGAGCGGCGGCUGCCUGCGCAGCCCGAGGUCCCCGCCGCCCGGGCGGCGAUCGGCGGGCUGAAGGCGGAGCCGGAGAAACUCCGGGGGGAGGCCCCCGCCCAGACACGGAGCACUGCAGAGGACCCGGCCGGCGCUGGAGAGCAGGCCGGCCCCCAGCUCCCCAGUGAGGGCGACCUGGCGCCGCCGAUGCAGCUGGUCCCGACGACCGCCGCAGGCCAGUAGGACCCACCCGGCCCCCCCUUCCUUCAAGCUCGCCCGGAAAUAAAGGCCACGUUUGCGGACCGUG